AUGCCGACAAAAGAGGAGCACGACGAGGUCCUCGCCGAGGAGCUCGAGGUGCUAGAGAGCAUCUAUGUCGACGAGCUGCACAAGGUGUCCGCCGAGGAGCUGCGCAUCCGGAUCGAGCCAGAAGAAGACGUGAUCCCCUCCAUCUACUCGGUCGGCGUCCCCCUCGGCGAGACGGCACCAGAGCCGGAGGAAGACGCGCCUGCACCCGUCGAGCUCUCGCUGCGGAUCCGGUACACGGACGACUACCCGGACCAGCCCCCAGAUGUGCGCAUCUUUGUCGUGCGCGACGUCAAGGGAAUCCUGGGCGAGGCGACCGAAGAGGACCAGGCGGUGCCAGAGCCGGGCGAGGACGAGGACGAGGAGACGAGAGAGAGCAUCACAAAACUGACGGCGGACCUUCUCGAGGUGGCGCAAGAGUCGUUAGGCAUGGCCAUGGUGUUUACACUAGCAUCGCACCUGCGCGAGAGCCUGACGACGUACAUCCAGACAAGAAUCGAGCAGCUCGAGGCCGAGGACAGUGCACGCCGCGAGGCAGAGCUGGAGGCCGAGGCGGAAAAGUUCCGCGGCACCGCCGUCACGACGGAGCGGUUCGCCGAGUGGCGCAAGGCGUUCGAGGCCGAGAUGAAGGCCAAGGCGGCCAAGGAGGAAGAGGCCAAGAUGGCGAAAAUGUCGCCAAAGGAGCGCGAGGAGUACAAAAAGUCGAAAAACAAGCCGACGGGACGCCAGCUCUUUGAGCGCGGCGGCAGCUUUGUCGACGACGACGACAAGGCCGAGGACGACGCCCAGGAGGUCGACUGGGCCCUCUAUACGCGCGAGCAGCGCGAGCGCGAGCGCAUCGAGGAGGAGCAGAGGAGGGAGCUCGAGGAGCAGGCGCAUCGAUUGGCCCUCGCCGACGACGAUGAUGACGACGAGUAG